UGGCUCCGCGGCGGUGCAGCAUCUGUCCAAGAUGGCAGUGGUGGAAGAGACACUGAAGCGACUUCAGAGCCAGAAGAGAGUGCAGGGCAUCAUCGUGGUGAGUCCAGAAGGCAUUCCUAUCAAAGGCACCAUGGACAAUCCCACCACUACACAGCACGCCAACCUCAUGCAUAACUUCAUCUUGAAGGCUCUGAGCACUGUGCGUGAAAUUGACCCCCAAAAUGACCUGACCUUCCUUCGAAUUCGUUCCAAGAAAAAUGAAAUUAUGGUUGCACCAGAUAAGGACUAUUUCCUGAUUGUGAUUCAGAAUCCAACAGAAUAGCCACUCUUGGCUCCCCAUGUCAUUCCUUGAUUUAAUGCCCUCCAAGAAUUAUAAUGUCAAUCAUGUCAUCUGACCAGACCAUAAAGAUGACCAUAGAUC